GCGAAUCCGAAACUGUGGAUCGGCUGUUUUGGUGGCUAGAAGAGAGAAUCUGCUCAGCCAGAAAGAUGAUAACUAUCAAGUUGUCAGAGGAAUAUCACGUCCCGACCUUCCAGAGGACAUCUUGCGGCAUAUUCAUGCCCAAAUGACACUUCGAGAUGCUGCCCGUGCUGCUUGCGCAUCGCACACAUUUCGACACUCCUGGAUAUGCCGUCCCAACCUUACAUUCAGUCGUGAAACACUUGGAUUAUAUAGCAACAAUGCGUCUGGGGAUGUAGUAACAAGAGAUAUUAUCAGCAAGAUUGACCAGAUUCUGCAAAAUCGCUCAGGCAUUGGCGUGAAGACACUAAAGUUUGAUCUCCUAUGUUGUGACAACAUCGACUUCAGCUAUCUUGAUAGUUGGCUUCACAUUGCUGUUACACCAGGGAUUGAAGAAGUCAUCCUGAACCUCCCUCUACCCACCAUGUCAGUGUACAACUUCCCAUGUUCACUUUUAUCUAAUGGGAGCGGAAACUCGAUCCAAUAUCUCGACCUGUCUCGCUGUGCCUUACGUCCCACUGUAGGUCUUGGUUGCCUAAGAAGCUUGACAAGACUGCAUUUGUUUUGCGUGCGGAUUACUGGGGAUGAACUGUGGUGUCUUCUUUCCAAUUCUUCCGCUUUGGUGCGCUUGGAACUCUGGUACUGCAAUGAGAUAAUUUCCUUGAAGAUACCUUCUCUGCAGCGAUUCCGUUCCUUGGAUGUGGUUGAAUGCAAUAGCCUGCAGGUGGUAGAGAGCAAUUCUCCAAAUCUCUCCAAAUUUUACUUUAGUGGCUUGCUAGGUCAGAUCUCACUUGGUGGUUCACUGCAAGUGAAGAACCUAAGCAUGAUAUGCUCGUAUCAGGCCAACAUUGUGUGGUACGCUCGGAAUAAUCUUUUGUAUAUUGCGCCAAAUGUUGAGACACUUGCCAUAUCAUCACCAAGUGAGACGGUGAACACACCGAUGCUAUCUGGCAAGUUUCUCCACCUCAGGCAUUUGGAGAUUUCAUUAGUGGGAAUGGCUGCAUAUGAUUAUUUAUCUUUGGUUUCUUUUCUCGACGCUUCUCCUCACCUGGAGAAAUUCAUGCUGGCUAUAACGCAGCAUCGCAUGGAGCAUGAUUCAAUUCUUGGAGGUCCCCCCCAUGAUUUGAGGCAGAUUCCAGAGCAGCGUUAUGACAAGCUAAAAAACGUGAAGAUCUCUGGCUUUUGCUCGGCAAAGAGCUUAGUUGAGUUAACAUGUCAUAUCCUUGAGAAUACAACAUCACUAGACUGCCUUACAUUGGACACUACUUGGUAUCCUAGAUGCUCUGUCACGAAAUCUGGCAAAUGUUACCCCCUCAUGGAUAGGGAUAGCCUCGUGGAAGCCCAGAAAGCGCUCGUGGCCAUUAGAAGAUACGUCGUGGGGAAAGUACCCUCUAUGGUUAAGUUAAAUGUUUUGGAGCCUUGCAGCCGGUGCCAUACCAUUGAACCUUUGGUGUGAACCUCAAGUGUUACUUCAGGUAUUUGGCAAACGCUGUUGUGCAUGCUACAAAUAUGGUGGCCGUUAUGCCCAGCAAGCAAGGAGGAACGAGGGCUAACCUUGAUGGCUAUGUUGGAAACAAAGUGCCUGGAAGAUCCCUGGAUCCGAAGAUGCUGUUGGGUGACUUCGUGGGAGAUGCGACUCAUGGAGGAUCAAGCUUUGUUAUGUAGAGAGCACUCGUAACGAUGCUGUAAACUUCCAUUUCAUUGGAUGUUUGGCUCUAAAGAAGGAAUCAUGAUUUUAGUCAGUUAGUUCUGGAAACUCGGAGUGACUCAAACAUGUUUGUAAUAUUAUGCAACCAAACUCUAGUGUGAGAAUGUUAGCACAUCC